GUUCAAUAGGUAAACAUUUUCUUGUUAGAGGUCAACCAAUUAUCUUGAUUAAUUGUUUCUAAUUGUGUUAAUUUAAUUGAUUGGUGUUUUUUAAUUCACCGCCACGAUGAGAUUGACCCUUCUUCGUAGAUGUAGAGGCUUCAAUUCCUCGAAAAUGUUUGAUGAAGCUCCAGAAGAAUUGGAGAAAAUGAAAAGACGAAAUGAAAUAAGGCAAAAAUUGAAACUUGAUUUCAAUAGAUUUCAAUAUAAUCCUUAUUCAUCCGCUUAUGGUAUCGCUUAUGUUGAUCCGCAAUUUGAGAGAUUCAAUUCUGCCAAAUAUUUUCGGCUUGAUUACUGGAAACCAACUCUUGCAACAUUUAUAGUAUUCGCAGGAACCAUAUUUUUCCCAUACUUCUUAUUAGUUCGUUUCGAUAUGGAUCAAGAGGAAUAUUAUUGGGAAAAGACUCAAAGUGGUGAAUUGAAUUAUCAUAACAGGAAACUUUACAAUCUCAUACAUUAAACCUUUAAAUUGUGUAUUUAAUUAUUAUGGAUCCUCUUAUAAUUUGGUUAGAUUCCUGUUUUGGUCUAAAUUAAAUGGAUUUCAAGUCACCAAGUGUAAAUCACCAAUAAAGUUAACAUAUUAGCUGUUAAA